AUGGAAUUCACAGAUCUCCUCCUCUUCGCCGUGCCGCUGCUGCACCUCCUCGCAGCGCCCUACACCAAAGUCGAAGAGUCCUUCAACCUCCAGGCCACCCACGACAUCCUCACCUACGGCACGCCCACUCACGACGUCCACGCGCGGCUCUCGUCCACGUACGACCACUUCACGUUCCCCGGCGCCGUGCCCCGGACGUUUGUCGGGUCGGUGCUCCUGGUGGGCGUGAGCCAGCCGCUGGUUGCUCUCGCGGGGUUCCAGCAUGCGCAGUUCAUCGUGAGGGCCGUGCUGGGGUGUUUUAAUGCCGUGUGCUUGGUGGUGUUUGGGAGGGCGGUAAGGGAGGCGUUUGGGAGGGGGGCGGCGAGGUGGUGGGUGGUGUUGAGCGUGAGCCAGUUCCAUGUGGUGUUUUAUUUGAGCAGGACGUUGCCCAACAUGUUUGCCUUUGGAUUGACAACCCUCGCAUCAGCCUUCCUCCUCCCCAAAAACAACACCAAAAAGGCCCACGCCCGCCGCCGCCAGGCCAUCGCCCUCCUCGUCUUCGCCACCGCCGUCUUCCGCUCCGAGCUCGCCAUCCUCCUCGCCGCCACGGGGCUUCUCCUACUUGUCAACAAACUCCUCGGCCUGUGGGAGCUCAUCGUCGUCUUUCUCGGCUCCUUCGCCACGUCGCUCGCGCUCUCCGUGCCCGUCGACUCGUACUUUUGGCAGAGGCCGUUGUGGCCGGAGCUCGCUGGCUUCUACUACAAUGCCGUUCUGGGAUCAUCCUCCAACUGGGGCGUCUCGCCGUGGCACUACUACUUCACGUCUGCGCUGCCACGCCUCUUGCUCAAUCCGUUGUGCUUCCCGCUCAUUGGAUUGGCGCUCUUCCAUCCCGCAACAUCUCGUCGAGUCCAGCAUCUCCUCAUUCCAUCCCUGGCAUUCAUCACCGUAUACUCCAUCCAGCCGCACAAAGAAACCCGCUUCAUCUUCUAUGUUGUCCCUCCACUCACCGCGGCCGCAGCCGUAGGCGCAAGCUUCUUCUCUUCCCGCUGGUCAAAGUCUCCCCUCUACAGCCUCGCCACCAUCGUCCUUGCUCUCUCCGUUCUCGCUUCCUUUGUCGCUAGCACGGGCAUGCUCCUCCUCUCAUCACUCAAUUACCCCGGCGGCGAUGCCAUCUCUCAGCUCUACGCCAUCACAGCAAACAUCACUUCCUCUCCUUCCGAGCUGUUCGUCCACGCAGACGUCCUCACUUGCAUGACGGGACUCACCCUCUUUGGCCAAAACCUCUACGGCUCUGUCCCAACAUCUUCCUCUCCAGUCCUCGUCUUCGAUAAAACUGAGUUCGACUACGUCCUCAUGGAAGAUCCAUCCCUCGUCCUCGGAACAUGGGAUACCAUCGGUCGUAUACAUAGCUACGAUGGCAUCGAAAUCCUACGACCUGGUCAGGUAGCCGUGUUAGCAGACUCAUCCCCUGAACAAGGAGCGAACGCCAAUGUUCUAGGCCAAGGCGCUGCUAUUGCUGCUGUUAGGGACACGGUGAGGAAAUAUACCAGAGGCUGGUGGAUCGGCCCACGGAUGUCUCCUCGAAUACACAUCAUGAAACAAGCUCGAAACGACGAUGCUGAAUCCAAGAACAUUUUCAUUAGUCCCAUAUAG